AUGCCCGAGGUCGCGAUGAUGGACGAAGCAGCACCUUCUGAGAAGCACGACGGCUCCGUGAUGCAGAGUCAGAUCGAGCAGGUCUCGGAAUCUGAACAAAACCUGGCCUACGACUUAGACAAUCUCAAUCCCGAACUUCACUGGCGGACGUGGGUCGCGUUUGGGUCCAUCUGUCUGUUCCAGAUGGUGUCGAUCGUUGCAUUCCAGGGGCCGCCUGCGGUGACUUGGAUCCCCAACUCGCUGUCCUUGGUACAAGCCGUCCUAGGGCCCGUGUUCUCCUCUGCGUCGGAUAUCUUUCAAGCCCGCAAACUCUUGCUGUGCGUCGGAUGUGCUGCUGCGGUGGUGGGCUCUGGAGUCUCGGCCAGAUCCCACAGCAUGGCCAGCCUCAUUGCGGGGCAGACGGUGAUAGGGAUCGGAUUCGCCACGCUCCCACUGGCAUACGUGGUUCCGAGCGAGAUCCUGCCGCGCAAGUGGCGUCCCUUCGCCCAGGGCCUGCUCAACGUGUUCGCAUACUCGGGCGCAGUCCUCGCCCAGUUGACCAUGGGCGCUCUGAUCAAGCGGGACACGUUGAAUGGCUGGCGCAACUAUUUCUGGUUCCAGAUGGCUUUGUGGAUCGCGACACUGUCCGGGUUGAUCGUCGGCUACCGCCCUCCAAAGAGGCACACUGCCGUUGAAAGCCUGCCACUCGCAAGGAAAAUUGCCAGCCUCGACUUGCCUGGGUGUGUUUUGAUAACAACUGGCUUGACUUUGCUGCUCACCGGGUUGUCCCUCGGUGGAGGGCUCUACAGCUGGUCGAAUGUGCGGACGGUGGUGACACUAGUCCUCGGAUGCGUCGGCAUCGUGGCAUUUGGCGUGUACGAGUGGAAAGGCACCACAACGGGGAUUCUGCACCACGACAUGUUUCGCGGUGGGAAAUCAAAAGGACGAACCUUCAUCCUCUGCUGCGCCCUGGUCCUGAUUGAAGGCAUCCUAAUCUUCGCCUACAGCAUCUUCUAUCCUCCUUUGGUGACAUCGCUUUUCGAGACGGAUCCAUUCUUGGCAGUCGCCUACAUCCAGCCAUUCUGGGUGGUGGGUAUCUUCUCAUCUGCCGUUUACGGUUUCGUGAGCACGAGGUUCAAGGACAUCCGACGGCCGAUGUUCGUCGGGUUGACGAUAUAUACCGGCGCCAUGAUUGGUCUGGCCACCAUCCAACCCGGGGAUUCGCUGAAUGCUCUGAUGUUCGCAGGCAUGGCUGGUCUAGGCUUUGGCGCUCCGUUGAUCCUGAUUGUUGCUGGUGUCCAACUUGCCGUUCCUCAUCGCCUCAUCGCAAGCGCCUCGGCUGUGAUUGUGUCCGCCCGCGCCCUUUCUGGCACUGCAUUCACGGCAAUCUUCUCGGCCGCCUUCAACGAUAAACUGACGACGAAUCUGCCUCGCGAUGUAGGCAGAGCGGCGGUUGCGGGUGGUCUCCCUUCCACAUCGAUCCCUCUCUUCGUGGAAGCCCUUGCUACAAAUAACCAGACCGCCCUAUUACAAGUCCCUGGGGUGACCCCCGGGAUCGUCAGUUUAGGUGUCGCUGCCGUCAAGCAGGCCUUUGCGGAUUCAUUGAGGGUGGUUUUCAUUAUCGCUGCACCGUUUGGUAUCUUGGGCUUGGUUUGCACCCUGUUCCUCGGCGACUUGAGAGAGACAAUGAACUAUCAUGUCGAUGCGCCGGUGGAGAUCCUGCAUGCGAAGCACCCCGAUCAGCAGGAAAUCCCUCGUGCGGCGUAG